CUCUGAGGAUGUGGAUGUUUUACUUCUGUGUGUUUGAAAUAAGCUCUGAGAGCAGCAGGUGGAACCAACAGGAUCCUGCUGCUUCAAAGUCCUGCAGCAUGUUGGCCUACUUAUCCUGCUCAUUAAUGCCGGGUGGAGGAGGUCAAAGAUGAAGAUGUUGAGGUCCUGCAGGCUGCUGCUGUGGCAGGUGGCUCUCAGACUUUCUUAUAAUGUUGUUAUAGCGAGCCUAUGUCGGGAGGGCUCCGACAUCUUCACCUCAGUCAGAGAGAAUAGUCCAACAGGUGAAUUCAUCUCCAGCAUCAACAUCACUGCAGGUCCACGAGCUAACACCAUCCGCCUGUGUCUGUCCGGACGCAACGCUAACUGGUUUUACUUAGAGGGCCGGACUAUCAGACUCAACUCCUCAGUGUUCAGAGUCCUCGACCGAGAGGUGGAGGGAUCAGUGCUCAUCGCAGAGCUAAUUUGUUAUGAAAAUGACAUCAUGCAGGGUAACUACAGGAUUUUGGUGGAGAUUCUGAAUGAAAAUGACAACAAACCAAACUUCCUGUUGGAGACAAUUCAGCCGUUUACCAUCAGUGAGCUGACAGCAGUGAACUCGGUGGUUUUCACUGUGAAGGCCGUUGAUGCAGAUGGGGACGUGAUCAGCUACAUCAUCGACCCGUCAUCGCAAGAUGCCCAGUUCUUCAGGAUCGACCUGCCCAAUACUGGAAAAGUAGUUCUGAACAAACCUCUGGACUACGAGACGAGAACUCACCUGCAGCUCAUCAUGUGGGCCCAGGAAUCAAACACUGUGGACAAGUUCAACACAUCUGCUGUUCUCACCAUCAACAUCGAGGAUGGUGAUGACCAGUAUCCUCACUUCUUGCCCUGCACACCUGUGUCUCCUGGCGUGCCUGUCUGCAUGAAUCCCACCUACACAACCAACAUCACAGAGAAACACCAGGACGUGGGUCUGGACUUUUCUCCUGGCCCAAUCACAGCAGAGGAUGGAGACAAAGGGAUCAAUGCUCCUCUCACCUACACCAUCCUCUCAGGUGAUGAUCAGGGCAGGUUCACGAUCAACAACACAACAGGUGAGAUCAGGUUAACCAGAGCAGCAGAUGACCGACGGCUGACACCAAACUACAUGCUCACAGUCAUGGUGUGCCAGGUGGAUGACAGGUUGAAGUACAGUGUGGCGUCAGUUCUGGUCAGAGUUCUCUAUGAGAACGCAUUCCCUCCGGUCUUCAACAGAACCACUUACAAAGGUUUCAUCAUCCAGAGCUCUAGCCCUGCCUCCAUCGUCUCCACCUAUGGGAACCAGGUGUUGCAGGUCCAGGUGUCAGACCGUGACUUCCCUGAUGGCAGGAACCCAAAUAUCCACUAUUUGCUCCAUCCUCCAUCCGAAUUGUAUCAAGUAACCAAGGAGGGGGUUCUGAUCGCCAAGACAAACCAACUGCGGGCCUUUGACAGGCAAAUCCUACAGGUCGUCGCCAGAGAUGAAGAGUCAGGAGAAGAAGUGUCAGCUUCAGUGGACAUCGAAGUCCUGCAGAGAGGCCAAGCAGUGCCAAGUGGUGCGUUCAAGGAGCAACAGUUGUUUGGAGACGUGGACAGCACGCUGGCAGGAGGAAUCGCUGUGCUUAUCCUCAUCGUGCUCCUCUCUGCGAUUCUGUUUCUGCUACUUUGGACCGUCCAUAGGAGACGCGUGCAGGACCCUGAGGAUCACCCCGCCAUCGCCUUCGGAAAACAUCCCAACGUGGUGAGCAGCCCACCUGUCUUCGUGGACGAGUCGUCACACGGCAGCAGAGCUUUUACUCAUCAGUCUGGCAGUUUUCAUGGAAGACAAGGAGUUUACACCAGGAGGCCAUCUCUGCUUCCUCCACCAUCAUCAUCACAGCUCAGCGAGCCUGGAGAGAGCAGGACCAGACCCCCUCUUCCUCCACCAUCAUCAUCAUCAUCACACCUGUUUACUGUUGCAGAGAAACAUGAAGGUGGAGCUCACACCUGGGAGGCUCUGAGGUCGGCAGUUGAGUCCACAGGUAUUUGUGGUGAAGACAUACCAGCAGUCAACACUGGGAUGCCUCAGAGAGACGAAAACAUGAAGACCGAUUGAUCAGAGGAGACGCCACUGGAGUCCAAACCCUACCAAUCAGAAACCAGGAAGAAACGAGUCACAUAUUCAGCCAAUUAGAGAGCAGGAAUCCAAACUGUUCUUUAGUCAUACUCGUGAUUCACUUUUUCUUCUUCUGGCGGCCUUAUUGGCGGUUUUUUGUGUGUUUUU